GGUAUUGAGAGAAGCGAGAGUGGGGGGAUUAAGAUCCUGAUCCGGAAAUCAAAUCCCUUUGGGUUUGGAGUCUGAGACCGCAUUCGCCUUCUCUCUCUUUCUCUCUUUGUGCGAUUCUUCUGCGAGCUCGUUUUGGCGGGAAAAAGAUGUCGGGGAAGGGAGCCAAGGGUUUGAUAACAGGGAAAACCUCCGCCGCCGCCGCCGCCAGUAAAGACAAGGACAAGAAGAAACCAAUCUCUCGCUCCUCUCGUGCCGGCCUUCAGUUCCCAGUUGGCCGUAUCCACCGUCUUUUGAAGUCGAGGACUACAGCUCAUGGUAGAGUUGGGGCCACAGCUGCUGUAUACUCUGCUGCUAUCUUGGAGUAUCUAACUGCUGAGGUUUUGGAGCUUGCCGGGAAUGCUAGCAAGGAUCUCAAGGUUAAACGUAUUACCCCAAGGCAUUUGCAGCUUGCAAUUCGUGGUGACGAGGAGCUUGAUACCCUGAUUAAAGGAACAAUUGCUGGAGGAGGUGUAAUUCCCCAUAUUCACAAGUCUCUUAUCAACAAAUCUUCCAAGGAAUAGAUUGCUGAAUGCUGAUGGAUUAUUAAUAGCUUGUUUGAUGGAAAGUGGAAAUUUUCUGUCUCUGUUAAUUGUGGAUUUGUUAGGGUGCUCUUUCUAGACAGUAGGGCCUGCUAUUUAUGUUUUAAGUAUCUGUCUAUUAUCAGUGUACUUGAUAUUCUGUUUCUCUACUUAGCAUGGUACUAAUCUUAGUCAAGGAUAUAAUGUCACUUUACUUCAAUAUUGGAAUUUGCUAUUUGAUCAUCA